CUUUUCCGUCUUACUCCAGAAAGCUCCUGCAUACAUAGGCUGAUACGCCACCUACUGCAAAACCGAGCUGACAGCGCAGGCGAUGCUGCCAGCGUUUCCAUUCCAUCACCAGGCUGGGGCUGAAUAAAGGCGUGCUUGUGUGGUAGUGUUUCUUUUUAAAAAAUCUCAAAGCCAAGAAGAACAAGCUGAAAUAGCAUCUUCAAAAAAUGGAGCGUAAAAUAAACAGAAGAGAAAAAGAAAAGGAGUACGAAGGGAAACACAACAGCCUGGAAGACACUGAUCAAGGAAAGAACUGCAAAUCCACACUGAUGACCCUCAACGUUGGUGGAUAUUUAUACAUUACUCAAAAACAAACACUGACCAAGUACCCAGACACUUUCCUUGAAGGUAUAGUAAAUGGAAAAAUCCUCUGCCCGUUUGAUGCUGAUGGUCAUUAUUUCAUAGACAGGGAUGGGCUCCUCUUCAGGCAUGUCCUAAACUUCCUACGAAAUGGAGAACUUCUAUUGCCCGAAGGGUUUCGAGAAAAUCAACUUCUUGCACAGGAAGCAGAAUUCUUUCAGCUCAAGGGACUGGCAGAGGAAGUGAAAUCCAGGUGGGAGAAAGAACAGCUAACACCCAGAGAGACUACUUUCUUGGAAAUAACAGAUAACCACGAUCGUUCACAAGGAUUAAGAAUCUUCUGUAAUGCUCCUGAUUUCAUAUCAAAAAUAAAGUCUCGCAUUGUUCUGGUGUCCAAAAGCAGGCUGGAUGGAUUUCCAGAGGAGUUUUCAAUAUCGUCAAAUAUCAUCCAAUUUAAAUACUUCAUAAAGUCUGAAAAUGGCACUCGACUUGUACUAAAGGAAGACAACACCUUUGUCUGUACCUUGGAAACUCUUAAGUUUGAGGCUAUCAUGAUGGCUUUAAAGUGUGGCUUUAGACUGCUGACCAGCCUGGAUUGUUCCAAAGGGUCAAUUGUUCACAGCGAUGCACUUCAUUUUAUCAAGUAAUUACCUGUGUCACGAACAAAGGCAACAAGCAUGCAGCCAGCAAGCUUCGGAAAACCACAGCAUCAAAAGCAUCCCAAAUAACAUGCCCAGCUAGCUCUGUACUACAGAGCCCUGCUACUAAUCAAUUACUGUGAGCUAACGGUAUGUAAAUUCUAUCGCUAAAGAUGUUCUUCCUCUGGGGUGUUCCUGCUGAUCAGACUCUUCCACCUAAAAUGAAAACAGUAACCUUCUAUAUACUGUAAAUAAAGACUGAAAGCUUUUGCUAUUUAUUUGUCCUUAAGCUGUCUUUCAAUCAGAUUGUCUUGGGUAUUUGCACAAAAAACAAAGCAUGUACAUUAUCUAUCAUUCAUUUAAGUAAAUGGUAAUAAAAUAUUUUAAGGGGCUAUUAAUAUUUAAAAUCCUUUUCUACUAUGGCAAAAAUCUACAGAGAAACUGAACUGGUAAAAUUAACUACCUAGAGCAAAACAGAUGUGCAGAUCUAACUAAAACAAAGCUAUAGUGAAACAAAAUGAGAUUGUAAGAAGACAUUAAAGCUAUUGAUUUGAUUUUUCCACAGCAGGCACCAAAAGCUUAUAUUCACAGUUCCUGUGUUUCAUAUUAGACUUACAGCUGAAUUGGUAUUUUGCUGAAAAUUCCUAGAAAACUGUUUGAUGACAAUAAAAAGUAAAUAAAAGCACUGCUACCUUCUUUGAUUGUAUUAAUGAUUAUAAUAAAAAGUUACAUGUCACUUUAAAAACAAACAGUACCACUUGAUGAUUUUGCACAAAAUUAUGCAUUGAUGUAGUCAACCGGCAGGCUACAGUAACCCUGGCUGGUCCUGGAAGUGACAAAAAUCAGCAAAUUCAAUUCUUUGCAGGCUGAGUUCCCACAAAGCAUGGGUAACUUAGUCUCAAUAGAGUAUCUGUUAUUAGAAUAAUAAAGGAGUUCAUUUUCAGAA